AAUACAAACAAAUUUUGAUAAGCUGUAAAAUUUUGUAUUAUUUAAAGGUGUCCCACGGCUCUAAUGAACAGCAAAUACAUGCUAAUAUCAGGAUUCGUCCUGCUCCUUUUGCUUUUUAUUACAUUAGCCGAGGGCCAAGGUCCAGGGCCCAAAAGCCAUGCUUUAUCGGUAGCUUCAAUGGCAUCGCUUCUUGAAACGGAAAAGAAGCUUAUCGACAACCUCGAAGAGUAUGCCAAUGCUUUAGAAAAGAAGCUGCAGGUCUUUCUUGGCUAUAUCCCAAUUGUGCAGAAGGAAAACCAAAGUGGGCGUCUUGACGCUAUUUCCUACCUGGGCAAUCCUCUGAAUGGCUUUUCCCUCAUCCGACGACUUCAUCAAGAUUGGCCCAAAUGGCAGAAAUACCUGAAACAGCCAGUGGGCACUGUUCAGUUAAGAAACUUUAAAGGCUGGAGGAAAGAUCUUCCCCAGAAAGCGGACUUGUGGGAUGCCUGUGCCGGCAUAGCCCGCAUACAAAACAUUUAUGACCUUAAAGUUGAAGACAUUAUCAGGGGUAAAUUAAACGGCAAGCAGUUCAAUGCUAGCAUGAGCUCUGCAGAUAUUUUUGCGGUGGGGCAACAUUUGGUGAAGACAAAACAAUCGACAGAAGCUUUUUUAUGGUUGCAAGAGGUUUACCCCCGCCUCCAGGAGGAACUUCCGAUUAUUCCUGCGCACCUAUUGAUUGGGGAGAUAGAGGUCCUUAAAUUACUGCCGGAAAACUAUUUGGCAGAAGAUCUACACUUAAAAGCCUUAACUCUACUUGAAAAUUACCUAAAGCUUUACAAGCACAAUGCUAAAUUUUUGCGACUCUGGCAAAAAACAAAAGACCUCAUAAAAAGCCAGAAUAAACCUUCAUUGAAAAAAAACAAACAGCCAGAAGGUCUGAUGGCAAGGAACUUAAUGUUGAGCUGUAAAGGGUUGCUUGGGGGAUCAACCAGGCUGCACUGUGUCUACAACUUCAGUACCACACCUUUUCUCCGUCUGGCGCCUCUUAAAAUGGAGCAGAUCGGACUGGAUCCAUAUGUGGUGCUUUAUCAUGAUGUCAUUUACCCACAAGAAUCGGCACAACUGAUAGACCUUGCUGUUUCGGACUUACGUGUAAGCGGUACUGUCAAAAUUAAUGAUUCAAACAAAAAGCGGAUGAGGACUGUCAAGGCUCGUUGGGUGAAGAAGGAGUUGAACAAGCUGACUAGGCGCAUUACACGGCGAAUACGUGAUAUGACGGGCCUCGACCUCACCGAUUCAGAAAAGUUUCAGAUAAUCAACUAUGGUAUUGGUGGACACUACAACAUGCACAAGGACUAUUUUAACAUUACAACUACCCAUCCCACGAAAAACAGCAUGAGUGAAUUCUUGGGAAACCGUCUGGCCACAGUUCUUUUUUACCUAACUGACGUUGAACAGGGUGGAGCCACAGUAUUUCCUGCAUCAGGUUAUACCGUCUAUCCCCAAGCUGGAAGUGCAGUUUUCUGGUACAACCUACAUACGGAUGGGAAAGGUGAUCCCUCCACUUUGCAUGCCGCCUGCCCAGUGAUUGUGGGCUCCAAAUGGGUGAUGAGCGAGUGGAUUAGUGAACGGAGUCAGGUUUUCCUCAGGCCCUGCCGCCUGGCUAAAUACCUAUUUACAAGCGUACAUAUUUUUAAAAAUACAUACAUGGCGUUAAGAGAACAACAAUGGAUGCUUUUGCGAGGAUUUCUCGUAGCGACUUUGUUUCUCACCUCUCUGGCCUUUGGAAAUUGUCCUGUGGAAAGGAGUCAAUCGUUGUCAUUGGUGACAAUGGUGCCGCUGCUUGAUUUGGAGUUGAAGCUGAUCGAAAACCUCAAUAACUAUACCAAAGCACUAGAGCUAAAGCUGCAUAUUGUGCGCAGUCAUAUCGACGUGAUGCGUGCGGAAAAUGAGAAAGGCAGACUGGAUCCCAUUGCCUAUCUGUCCAAUCCUCUAAAUGGCUUCUCACUCAUCCGACGACUGUAUCAGGAUUGGAGUAAGUGGCGCAAAUACAUGGAGCAACCAGUAGGCAUCCUUCAGAUCCAAAAUUUGGACAACUUGCUGGUUGAGUUACCCUCAAAACUGGACUUGUGGGAUGCUUGCGCAGGAAUAAUCCGCAUUCAGAGCACUUACAAUUUGGGAAUAGGUGACUUUACCAGCGGUAAACUCGAUGGAAAACAAUAUAAUGUCAGCAUGAGUUCUGCAGAUAUUUUUGCAGUGGGUCAGCAUCUUUUAGAGGAAAAAAGUUCAAGGGAAGCAUUUCAAUGGCUGCAGGAGGUGCCCCGACGCCUAAAAAAUGAACUUUUACCAGAGCACCUGGCCAUUGGCGAGGUGGAGGUCCUGAAAUUACUGGCUGAGUUGCACGUGAAUCAUAAAAAUUAUGCCGAAGCUCUUUCUCUGCUGGAUAACUGCUUGAAGCUCAGGCCCCACGAUGCUGCUGUUCUGCGACUCAGGCUAAAAACAUUAUGUUUUAUAGAGAGUCAACUAACUCCUAAAAAAACGCUUAAAACUCCAUUCGUAGAAGAAUAUAAGUUGAGCUGUAGGGGAAUAUCCGAGAGAUCAAGUAGACUGCACUGUUUCUACAACUUUACCACCACACCCUUCCUUCGUCUGGCACCACUAAAAACGGAGCAGAUCGGAUUGGAUCCAUAUAUAGUGCUUUAUCACGAAGUCCUUUCCAAACGAGAAAUGUCAUUGCUGAUAAGUCGUGCCUCUCGCAAAAUGAAAGUGGCCACAAUCUAUAAAAGUACUACGAAAAAUAAAAAAAAAGGGAGGACAGCCAAGGGCCAUUGGUUCAAUAAGGAAAACAACGAGCUAACCAGACGCAUUAGUAGAAGGAUUCACGACAUGACUGGUUUUGACUUGACCGAUUCGGAGGAAUUUCAAGUUAUUAACUAUGGCAUUGGUGGACACUUUCACACGCACUCGGAUUACUUUAACUUUGCCUCAGCUAAUUUUACGGGAAAUCGUAAUCGCCAGGGAACUGUUUUGGGUGAUCGCAUUGCCACAGUGCUUUUCUAUUUGACUGACGUUGAGCAGGGUGGCGCCACGGUCUUCGAGAAAACAGGAUAUGCCGUAUAUCCGCGUGCUGGCAGAGCCAUCUUUUGGUUCAACUUGAAUACGAAUGGGUACGGUGAUCCCCGCACUCGACAUGCCGCCUGCCCAGUGAUUGUGGGCUCCAAAUGGGUGAUGACCGAGUGGAUACGCGAAUGGCGGCAAAUGUUUAUCAGACCCUGUUUGCCCCGCGCCAAGGGAACCUCUUCGAAACUGAACAGAACGAAAUCAUAGACAAACAAAUUUCCGGCAUAAUCACUUUGCACACUUAACAAAAACCCACCCAGCUCAGCUUAAAUGCCUUUUUAAAAUGCCAACACGGAAAAAAUAAAGUGCUGAGUGGUUGAUAGUCUCUGAUAGUCCGGGGGACAAGGAUAAGGAGCGGCAUCUGCUGCUCCAGGACCAAGGUAAAACCAAAGGCCACCGCAGCCGCAUUUUAGCAUACUCCUAGGCGAACUCCUUCCCCGAUUCCUCGAUGGCGUCUAGUGUCUGACACCGCGUACGUGAUGUGCAACUUAAUGUUUCAAUUAGAGGUGAAGUGGCGCCCGAGCAGAGGCUAUCGUUAUCGCUUCACUGCA